UAACCAUGAUAUUUUCAUUUGAUUCCCUACCUUCCAUCCAUCAUAAAUAUUUAUAUCAAUCUUCAACACAAGAAUCAUCUUCAUCCACAAUCAUGUUCAUCCAAUUCUCCAUCCUCUUCCUCCUCUUCACUACACCCUCUAAAUCUUUAAUCAAAGCAAAACAAGAUACUAACAAUUUUGUGCGUUCAUUAGACCUCAAAGAAUUAAACUUGGAUAAUAAACAAGAGAAGCUAAGCCAUUUGAAAUUCUAUUGGCAUGACAUAGUUAGUGGAAACAACCCUUCUUCAAUGGUAAUUGUUCCACCACCUUUGAUAAACUCAACCACUGCCUUUGGUUUAGUUAACAUGAUUGAGAAUCCUUUAACCUUAGGACCUCAAUUAAGUUCCAAGUUGGUUGGAAAAGCACAAGGAUUGUAUGCCUCAACAUCACUAAGUGAGGUAGAUCUUAUCAUGGCUAUGAAUUUUGCUAUCAUUGAAGGGAAGUAUAAUGGUAGCACUAUCACUAUUUUGGGGAGGAACCCUAUUUAUGAUAAGGUUAGGGAAAUGCCUAUAAUUGGUGGAAGUGGUCUUUUCCGAUUUGCUAGAGGGUAUGCUCAACUUAGAACUCAUUGGUUUUCAUCCAAGACAAAGGAUGCUAUAGUUGAGUACAAUAUUUAUGUCUUACAUUAUUAAUUUAAUCUAUAUGAUACAUGGUACUAUGCUAUAGGAGAUAUAAUUCAUUUGCAAAUGGAUGCUACCUAUUAAUUGUGUACUUUAGUUUUUCUUCUUUUGAGGUUGAAAUUAAGGGUGCUAUAGAAGGGAUGGAGUUGUGUUUAUCAUGCUUAACCUACCUCUAUUUAUGUUUUCAUUUUUUUUUUGGGUCCAAUAUAAGUUUUCAUGAAAUAUGAAUGAUAUAAAACGUUAUUAUA